AUGUUGAGUUUGGCUGUAGCUCAUCCUUAUCGGAGGUUAGGUCUUGCAUCAAGACUCCUCAGACAUUUAUUGGAUUCGGUUGUGGACAAUUCCCCGUACCCGAAGGCUGUAUUUUUACAUGUUUUGUCGACUAAUUUACCCGCAAUAAAAUUCUACAAAUCACAUGGAUUCGUUCAUCACACUACCUUGUUAAAUUAUUAUCAUCUCAAGUCUGAGUUUGGAGACGCAUGCACUUAUGUGCUUUACACGAAUGGGUCACGACCUCCGUUCUCUCUCAGUGAUGUUUGCCGAUCAGUGGGCACAGCCCUUUGUUUUCCGCUCAAAGCUUUAUGCCGAACGUUUUUUCAAUGA